AUGGCAGACUCGGAUAUUGAGACCAAGACGCUGACGGCCAGCUGUUACUGCAAGGCUGUGCAAUUCAGCGUCGACGUCCCAACAUCCAAGCUCCCUCUGCCCGUCCAUCUCUGCCACUGCAGCAUCUGUCGCUACACCCAUGGCACACUGUGCAUAUUCCACACAGAGCUGCCCUCGGGCAUCGUGCCCAAGUUCAUCGCCCCGUCCUCAAAGUCCAAUCUGACGGGCUACAAGCAUGCCCAUGCCCAAGCCGAGCGAUUCUUCUGCACCACAUGCGGUAGCCACGUUGGAGAUGAAGACCUCGAGGCUCCGGAGGGUGAAGGUCCCGAUGCAGCGAAGGAGUGGAGAGUCUCUAUCAGUUUAUUCUCGGAACAGGGCGAGGACGUGUUCCAGAUUAGGACUCACUGCUUCACGGAAGGCUCGACAGGCGGCACAGGACUUUUCCAAUUCCUACCCAAGAUGGGCAAUCGCGAGAUAAAGACCUUCAACCCCGGGCCGGAUAGUGGUUGGUGGUCGUCUGGCAUAAAGGAUAAGCCCCCAAAGCAAGAGUUUGACGCCAAUGGGAACGAGGUCCUGCGAGCAGGGUGCCACUGCGGCGGUGUCUCGUUCACGAUCCCCAGGCCGACCGUGCCCGCUGUCAAGCACGACCCGUUCUUAUCACGAUACGUCUCGCCGACUGAGGAACGGAAGUGGAAGGCCUUCCUGGACGUCUGUGACGACUGCCGCAUCAACGCCGGCGUGCACGUCGUGGCCUGGGUCCCCGUGCCGCGGGCGCUCAUCCAACCGCCCAUGCCAGUCGGGCUGGCUCCAUACGGCACACUGAAGACGUACGUGUCGUCCGAGGGGACGCUGCGAGGCUUUUGUGGCGACUGCGGUGCGACAAUGAUCUUCUCGUGCGAUAGCAGAACACCGACCCCCGAACAGCAGAUUAUCAGCGUGCCUGCUGGUGUCCUGAGAGCACCUGAGGGAGUCCUCGCUGAGAAGUGGGUGACUUGGAGGGGCUGUCUUGCCAAUUUCAAGAGCGGGCAUCGAUUCGACCCUCAUCUUGCCAAUAGUUUGUUGGAGGGGCUUGAGAACUGGUCGACAAAACAAUAUGGCAAGCCCCUCAUUUACUCAGUCGAUUGA